GCGUCGGCGUCGGAAUCGACGUCAGCGUCAACGUCGUCGUCGUAGUUCCAAUAGACUUCCACCCGCUAAACGAUAAGAGGGCUGGGCGCUUUUAGGCCCGGGUUUCGGGUACGAUGUGUUGACGUGAGAAUGCCACUAAUCAAUUGGAGGCCAGGCAUGUUAUCGGCAGACCAUUGCUAUUGCUGAUGACCGUUCGAGCGGUUUAGUUUGAAAUUUGUGGUUCGUGUGGUUCGAGUGGUUCGUGUGCAGAAUGCGCUUACAAUCGCGCUGGAGUUUCACGCUCCUUCUGCUCUGCCUGAUUGUGUUUGGUCUUCUGAUCGGAGUCUACAAGAUCACCAACUCCCCAUUGCUCAAUCAGAAUGGCAUUCUCCGAGAUUAUUUGGAUAGCAACAAACCGGAUAACCGUCCAGCUACGCGAAGUAUUCUGCUCUGGAGCAGCUUCUUUGGAGAUGAACGUUGGAAGCUUCCAGUAGAUACACUUGGACCGCAGGAUUUCCGCGAUAAUUUGAAUUGUCCGGUCUAUCAGUGUGAGCUGAGCAAUCGACAUGAUUAUCUUCCCGAUCUGGAGCUCUACGAUGCCAUUGUGUUCCAUGUGGCGCAACCCUUUCCGCUUCUUCAACCGCUUCCUCCUCGCCGCAGUUCCCAACAGGCUUAUGUGUUCGCCUUGAUGGAGCCACCGGGGGAGACGAAGCAUCGACUGAACGAUGAACAGAAUUUCUAUAAUCUAACCAUGAGCUAUCGCCUGGAUUCGGACAUUGUGUGGCCCUAUUCUCAUUUGAUGGAUCAGGAGACCGGAGCAAGGGUGGCGCCCAGUCUCCAACCUUAUUGGCGACAGCCUCUGGCACUGGGCAGCUGGAAUGACAGCAAAGUGUUGCAGCUUUGGCCAAAGAAGACUAAAAUGGCUGCCUGGUUUGUUUCCCACUGCAAGACACUGUCUAAGCGUGAGGAGCUCGCGAAGGCACUGCAACAACAUAUCGAAGUGGACAUCUAUGGAAGCUGUGGUAGCCUCAGUUGUGCUCGUGGCGAUCCACACUGUGAUGACAUGCUGGACACCGACUACAAGUUCUAUUUGGCCUUUGAGAACUCCCUCUGUGUGGACUAUGUGACUGAGAAACUCUAUGGUGCACUGCAGCAUCGCAUUAUUCCCGUCGUCUUUGGUGGAGCCAACUACACUCGCUUUCUGCCUCCCCAUUCCUACAUCGAUGCGAAUCGCUUUGAGAACGUUGAGCAACUGGCGAUGCAUCUUCGAUAUGUGGCCAACGAUCUCAGUGAAUACAUGAGCUACUUCUGGUGGCGCCAGUAUUACAAACUUGGCCAUGACUCACCCUUUUGCGAGCUCUGUGCCCAGCUUCAUCAUCCCAGUUUUCAGCACAGGACACAGAUCUAUGAGGACAUCGAAGCCUGGUGGUUCAACAGUUGUCGCCUUGAGUCCCACAUACGAUUCUGAGCAUUACAACAACAAAGAGAUAGGUACACGCGAAUGCAAGAGAGAUAGCAAUAACGCUGCCACGAAAUUAUAUUCUAGAUUAGAUUCUUUUUACAUUGUAGAUUAGAUUCUUUUUAUAUUUAAUAUUACCGAUUUUACUAAUAAGCUAAAUAUGUUUACGGCCCAACUGACACGCCUAACUAUUUAACAGCCCCUACUUAACUAGCUUCGAGUAUUGCUCUCUCGCUCUCUUUCAACACUUUCAAUACACUUUUACUAAUUACUAAUAACUUUAUGUCCUAAAUAUGUCAGAGAGUUAUGACAAAUGAAACUAUCGUAUCUCUCUAUCAUUAACUUGGCCAACUUCUACAGAAUAUAGUAUUAGCUAUUAGCCUAUGAGUCAACAAUGGCUACGCUUAUCUUUGAAUUGUA